GGAAGGUGUUGCAAACAGACAGCCGCAUAUUUCUGCCCCUGUCUCCUGUCAUUAGGCUCUGGGUGUUGACCUGCUAAAGAAAAAAGUGAGACCUGUGCGGAAGAAGGGAGCGGGGACAAAGGGACACUGGUGGUGUCAAGGAACAGCAAGAAAGAGAAGUUGCCAUUUUCAAAAACUCAAAACAUCUGAAAUCUCAAAGGCAACCUACCAUCCUCUUUACAAAGGGACUGGUGCCUUCUGGAGUGUAAAGCAUGCCAGCCAGGGUGGCUCUGCUUAUGGUUCUUCACCUCCUCACCUGCUCCCGCUGCUCCCCACUCUACCCAACGCUCAGGUACAAUCCACUGCCUAUCUCAGGGAAGGAGAUGAGCUUUCAGCUUGGAGAAAGCAGCCCAGCUCAAAGCCACAAUCUCUCCAUGGAAGAACAGAAGGAAGGUAUCCUGAUGGACUCUGCAGAGAAAAGGAUGCAACGCCAUGCAGAUGCCAUCUUUAGCAAUAGCUACCGGAAAGUCUUGGGUCAGAUCUCAGCUCGGAAAUUCCUACAAAAUAUCAUGGGCAAGCGACUAAGACAGGGAAAUAGAGAGGAAGAAGGUCAUGAAGUACUGUCUAGACGUCAACUAGACAGCAUCUUGAUGGACAGCUGCUACCACAAACAGAUGGAGUUACGGGACUUCUUGGCAGCUGUGCUGCAGAAUCAAAGGCCUAAGGGGAUCACCAGCAAACUGGAGAACAUACCUGGGAUCCUCACUAGGCUCAUAAACCUGUAAAAUUGGAGGAAAUCAAGAAAACUCCUGCUGUACUCAAACAGAGGAAUUCCCAGAGAUGAAGAGCCCAUCUGUAUAAUACUCAACCUGCAGCAAAGAAGGUGUGAUAUUGCAUCCAUUUCUUCAUCUUUCCUUUGGAAACUGUAAAAUUCAUCCAUAUUGUUGACACUAGAAUUUUCUUAGAGGCCAUGUCUUGUAAGUUAGGAAGCCUGUGGGUGAAUCUGCAUGCAAUUUGUACAAAAUUUGCAUAUGACAAUUGGCCAAGUAAGUGGCACAGCAUAAAUUCAAACACUGAAAAUGUUCAUUUUGAGAUUCCUCUCUCAGGUCCCAUUUUUAAUCAUCACUGACCUGAAUUCCUCACCCCGGGGAUUCCAAUUUGCAAACCACUUCCUUGGGAGCAGUUACCUCCCCCACAGCCAUCCCAGCUGCUGCAAAGAACCCUGCAACAGGAUCCACAAAAAGACUAGUACUAGGGAAAUGAAAAAGAAGUGAGAUCUGGUUUUCAAUUAAAUUUUCUGAGUGAAUCUGAGCCAGAAACAAAAAUGUAGAUGUUAUAGUUUGAAAAUUCAUUUUAUUUUUUUAAAUAAAUUUUAUUGAUAAUUUCUGUUUUUCCAUCACAGUAAUUUUUAGAAAUACUCACCCCAACUACUCCUCCCUAGUAAUAAAGGAAAAUAUAGCUAAAUAAAAUCACCUGGCAAAAUGAUUGUGUCUGAUGGGACAGACAACAUUCUGUAUCCAUGGUCCCCCAUCUCUAUGCUAGAAACAAAAGAGAACAAAACAAAUCCUUAUUUCACAAAGAAAAAUUGAAGAGGCAAAAUCACUCGUCUAAGGACACUGCAAGAGCUGAGAAUAGAAGUCAGGCUUUCUAACUCCCAACCCUGUGCUCUUUCCAGGCUGCCUUGUGGCCUCUCCCAUAGCAGCUCUCACUAGGCAGGUUUAAGAAGCCCUGCUCUUAUGCAUAGGUUAGCCCCCAAACAAUUGAAGUUCUUUUAGACCUCACCUGAAGCUAAGGAAGAACCCUAAAGCAGCAUGAUAAAUCCAUCCUUGCUCCCUUGCCAAAGGUCUGCUGUUAAUUGCAUGGUUCAACUCACCCAUCUGAACCAUGCCCUGAAAAAUGAUGCAAGAAUAAAUUUCUUGGCCCCAGCUUAUUCUUUACUACAUAAAAAUGCAGACUUCCCAGCACAGAACUACCACCAGUUGAGAUGUCUCCUUUGUCUAGGCCCUAAAGAACAAAGAUUGAUAAGAAACCAUAAAAAUAUGCCCAAGCAAAGCAGCCACCAGGUGAUAGACCAUGCUUGUAAUUUUUUUUUCCUUUUUUGCAAGGCAAUCAGGGUUAAGUGAUUUG